AUGGAUCUUACCUGGUAUUAUCUUCUAAUUCCUCUGUUUUUCUUUCUUCAUAAAUGCUUCUUUUCUACUUCAAAUAAGUUAUCACCACCAUCUCCAAGAAAGCUUCCAAUCAUAGGAAAUCUCCAUCAACUUGGAUCGCUUCCUUACCGUUCUCUCCAUAAACUAUCCAAAAAAUAUGGUCCACUCAUGCUACUUCACUUUGGCACUAAGCCAAUGCUUAUUGCUUCCUCUGUCAAUGCUGCUCGCGAUAUCAUGAAAACUCACGAUCUCGUUUGGUCAAAUAGACCUAAAUCUAGCAUGGCUGAUGGACUCUUUUAUGGCUCCAAAGACGUGGCCUUUAGUCCGUAUGGUGAAUACUGGAGACAAGUUAGAAGCCUCACGGUGCUUCACCUUCUCAGUAACAAAAGAGUCCAAUCAUAUCGUCAUGUGACAGAAGAAGAAACAUCAAACAUGAUUGAUAAAAUUAGGCAACAGUGUGAUUCAGUGAUAGACUUGAGAGAUGUUUUAAGUUGUAUGACUAAUAACAUAAUCAGCAGAGUGAAAACAAAAUUCAUAUCAACAAAUUUUAUUUAA